AUGUUAGCACCAAAGUUCUUUAGUGGCCUAAUACUAACCAGUUUAGUAACCCUCAGCUGGAGUCUGCAAUCAUUUCCGAAGCUGUGUAAUGUACAAGAUUUCCAAGAUUAUCUGCAGCAAACGGGCAAGGUGUACAAUGACCCCAGAGAAUAUCAGUUUCGUGAGUCGAUCUUUUUGGCCAAGAAGAGUGUGGUAGAUACGGGAAACAAAUAUGCUGGCCAGGGAUUGGCCUCAUUUAAUAUGGCCAUUAAUCCAUUGGCCGAUUUGACACAUGCCGAGAUUACACGGCUGUUUGGUUCGAAGAUAACCUAUAUUGGAGAAAACAUCACCUCUCAACACACCAACUUUGUAACGGCCAAAACGAAAGAUGAUGGCCUGCCGGAUCAUUUUGAUUGGCGUGAGCUGGGCGGUGUUACACCACCAGAUUUCCAGGGUGUCGAUUGUGGUUCCUGUUGGUCCUUCGCCACCAUUGGUGCCUUGGAGGGUCAUCUAUUUCGGCGCACCGGCCUCUUGGUUCCCCUAUCUACCCAAAAUUUGGUAGAUUGUGCCGAAGAUUAUGGUUCCAUGGGUUGUGAUGGUGGAUUCCAGGAAUAUGCCUUUGAAUAUAUACGUGAUCAUGGUGUCUCCGUGGCCAGUAAAUAUCCCUACACGCAAAUGGAAAAUGCCCAAUGUGGCCGUAAUGAAACGACGGAUAAGGGAGUUUAUAUACGAGAUUAUGCCCGCAUCAAGCCAGGAGAUGAGGCCAAAAUGAAAGAGGUGAUUGCCACCUUGGGUCCCUUGGCCUGUUCCAUGAAUGCGGAUGUUGUGUCAUUUGAACAAUAUAGUGGUGGUAUCUAUGAUGAUAAUCAAUGUAAUCAAGGAGAGGUUAAUCAUUCGGUUGUCGUUGUGGGUUAUGGCACAGAAAAUGGUCGUGAUUAUUGGAUUGUGAAAAAUUCCUAUUCGGCUAAUUGGGGUGAAAAUGGUUUCUUCCGGUUGCCACGUAAUGAGAAUAGUUUUUGCGGUAUUGCCAGUGAAUGUAGUUUUCCGAUUUUGUAA